AUGGCAAGAACUUUGCUAUGCAUGGUUCUGUUCAUGACGAUCAGUGUGGUAUGGGCAGAAAAUACAGUUGAUGGACGGGUGGACUGCGUCUAUACUAGUCGAUUCCAUGCGCUUACAACCAUUUAUGCUUUUCAAAUCGAGGACAUACCGAUCGAAUACUGCACGCACGUCACUUACAGUAAUAUUUCGUACGAAGAGUCUUCAAUGACGAUAAUCCCCGGCAAUCCAGAAGUUGCCGAUUCUGUAUCUUUGAUUGGUGUUAUAUUACCUUCAGGUGAUCAAACUGCCCUGUUUUCUCCGCUGAACAGCAACACAGUCGAGUCUGGUGAACUAGGAGACGUGUCUAUCAAAGAUUCUUUGCAGAGAUGGUUGAAUGCUGGUUGCCCGAAAAACAAGAUAAUUCUAGGAAUCAACUAUGGGGCACUAACAUUCAAGUUGGAAGAUCCCACAAACAUCGGACUGGGUGCUCCUAUUAGCGGCUAUGGCGAAUUUUGUCCUUUGUUGGGGGGCGAAGGAGUCUGCCCAUAUUUUGAACUAUGCCAGAAAUUUGUGCUAUGCCACAAAACGGGCUGGACCUUCAAGUGGGACGAGGAUGGCACAUCUCCGUACGCAUUCCAAGGUGAUCAAUGGUUCUCUUAUGAAAAUGCAACGUCAAUCGAGCUGAAGGCUGCCUUUGCCAGGACGAAAGGCUUGGGAGGAGUCUUAGCUUUGAACCUAGCAUUCGAUGACUACCGAGUGUUAUGUUUGGUUCUGCUUUUGGCCAUCGGAGUUUGCGUCGAAAGUUCGCCUGAAGGACGUGUAGAAUGCAUCUAUUCCAGCUCAAACCAGAAGCGACCAGGCACAUAUUCCCUCCAGAUCGAGGACAUUCCAACCGAAUACUGCACGCAUGUCAUCUACGAUCAUAUAACGUUCGAACAUUCGUCAAUGACUAUCAUACCCAGUAAUCCGGAGUAUGAUGUUGUACAAAAUGGAUGGGAAAAGUUUAUUGACCUGAAGAAAGCCAACCCAAAGCUGAAGCUUCUAAUGUACGUCGACAGGGCUUCAUUCUUCAUCGAAACGGACGAGCUACGAAAAGAGUUCAUCGACGCAAUUGUUGCAUUCUUGACGGCAUAUAAGUUUGAUGGCGUUACCUUCAGGUGGUUUGGAUAUUGGAAUAGAGAAGGUGAAGAGAGUGGUAUAUUAUACACGUUUUUUGAGGAAUUACAUCGCAGCUUUAAGGCAGCUGGUCAUCCGGAGUGGGAAGCCAACAUUAUGUUGUUAAUCGGGGAACAUGGCAUAGAUCACGCACGACUGUGUGGAGUUGCCGAUUCUGUUUCCUUGAUACCAGCUUUUGACAGUUCUAAUUCUCAUACUUACUUGAUGGCUCCUCUGAACAACAGCACAUUCAAGGCUAGUGAUGUACAAGAUGUUUCUAUUACACACUCCGUACAAAAAUGGUUGAAAAAUGGUUGUCCAGCGAACAAGAUGAUUCUGGGAGUCCCCUUUGUCGUGGCAACGUUCACGUUGGAAGAUCCCGCAAACAACGGAGUGUAUGCUCGUGUUAGCGGUUCUGGAAACCCAUGUUCGGUAACGGGCAACGCAGGAAAUUGUGCCUAUUUCGAACUGUGCCAGAAAUUCAACGAAACUGAGUGGACCUUCAAGUGGGACGAAGACGGCGCAUGUCCGUACGCAUUCCAAGACAUCUCAGAUGACCAAUCUACAGCGACCUCCUCGAACCCCGUACCAUCCGCCGAGGCGAUCAGUGUUGGUACUAGUCGUCAAACAAAAUCACUAAUCUCCACCGGCAUUUGCUCGAUUCGCAAUAACGCAAACUCAAAGACCUCAGUUUGA